AUGUGCCCGGAUCGAGCACUCAGUGUGAUGGUCGACCCAUCUGCUGCAGGUACGCCCUACACCACGGCAGACCAGCCUGGCAACACCAAGUUCCCUGCGGGACCCAACGGAGACCACAUGUGUGAUGUGCCCUUUACGCUCGAGAGAAGCAUGUACGACGCCAUCAACAAGAUUGUUCCAGAUGCCGCGUUUACCAUUUUCACUGGCGAUAUUGUCGACCACGCCAUCUGGAACACCAGCCAGACAUACAACACCAACUUGAGUACGUUCCAACAUGCCUACGACACCAUGAACUCAACCCUCAAGCUCGUCUACGGCACCGCUGGUAACCAUGAGGCUCACCCCGUCAAUGCCUUUGUCCCCAAUGCCAUCGGUCACGACAGCCAAUGGAUCUACGAUCUUCUCUCCUCCGACUGGGCACACUGGAUUGGCCAAGGCUCAACAUCCACGGUGGAAAAGAUUGGUGCCUACUCAACCAAGUAUCCCAACGGCAACCUCCGCAUCAUCUCGCUCAACACCAACCUCUACUACCGCCACAACUUUUGGAUGUACCAGGCCUACGACGACAAGGACCCCAACGGUCAAAUUGCGUGGCUCAUCAACGAGCUAAACGCGGCCGAAAAGGCCAACGAGCGGGUGUACAUCAUGGGCCACAUGCCGCUCGGUGAAGCAGACGCCCUCCGUGACGGCUCCAACUACCUCGACCAAGUAUUCAGGCGGUAUCAAAACACCAUUGCGGCCAUGUUCUUUGGUCACACGCACGUCGACCACUUUGAGGUCUCCUACAGCGACUACACCAAACGCAGCGCGUCCAACGCCUUCAUGACAUCCUACAUUGCGCCCUCGCUCACGCCAACCUCGGGCAUGCCCUCGUUCCGCGUCUACACUGUCGACCCCGACACCUUUGCCGUCCUCGAUCACACCACCUACAUGGCAGACAUGACCAACCCUUCCUUCCAGACCACGCCCGUCUGGACAAAAUUCUACUCUGCCAAGGAAUCCUACGGCCCCCUCGUCUCGCCUCCCCUUACCGACCCCCGGGCCGAGCUCACACCCGCAUUCUGGCACAACGUCACCGUCGCCUUCGAGAACGACGAUUCCCAGUUCAACGCCUACAUUGCACGCAAGUCGCGGGGUUGGCAGGCUGCUGCCUGCACAGGCGAAUGCAAGACCAAUGAAAUUUGCCAGCUCCGCGCCGGCCGCAGCCAAGACAACUGCUGGAAGCCCAAGCCUGGCAUCAACCUGACAAAGAGGUCUGGCAUUCACGCCGAGAGGGGAGAGCACGACGAGUGCGGUGUUCCCAUUACGUUGAAGACGCUAACGACUGUGGGAACGGACGAAGCCGCGCUCGCAGAGUUGAAGAGGGUCAUGGGAGAUGUCGUUGCGGAGGCCAAGGCCAAGGGCAUCAAGGGAGCCGAGGCCGCUUAG